UUUAAUAGUCGUCUCUGGACCUCGACCCAGGACCACAGUCUGCAAGUGAGGCAGUCGGAUGGGUUUGUGAUUGCCCUCCUCGCUGAUAAGCCAGCAAAUCGGCAUUUUAGCAUAUUAUGUGCGAUUGUAACAGUCACAAAACGGUUUCAGCCCACGCUUUGUUUUGGUGAGCCGGGUCGCAGGAAAUAGACGUCACUGAAUCAGCUUUUUGUAGAGGCGAGUUGGAAGCUUCUGGAAGAGCCUUUCUGUAAACUGAGGCUGUAAGGAUUCAAACUACUGUUUCCAUACAAGAUUUUCCAAGGUUUGUCGGUGAAAGACAAUCAUGGUGAAGGAAACGGGCUUCUAUGACACGUUGGGUGUGAAACCUAAUGCCACUCCAGAUGAACUGAAAAGGGCCUAUCGCAAACUAGCCUUGAAAUAUCACCCCGACAAAAACCCCACAGAAGGAGAGAAGUUCAAGCAGAUCUCACAGGCAUAUGAGGUUUUGUCAGAUGCCAAGAAGAGAGAGGUGUAUGACCGUGGAGGAGAAAAGGCUAUAAAGGAAGGAGGGUCUGGUGGAGGAGGGGGUUGUGGUGGGAACUUUGCAUCGCCCAUGGACAUCUUUGACUUGUUUUUUGGUGGGGGUAGUCGGAUGCACAGAGAGAGAAAAGGAAAGAACAUUGUUCAUCAGAUUUCAGUGACGCUGGAUGAUCUUUAUAACGGAGCUACAAGGAAACUGGCCCUUCAGAAGAACACUAUUUGUGAGAGAUGUGAAGGUCGUGGGAGUCGGAAAGGAGCGGCCCAGAUGUGCAUGUCCUGCCACGGCACAGGGAUGCAGGUCCGUAUGCACCAGCUGGUCCCAGGCAUGGUGCAGCAGGUGUCCACCGUGUGCCACAGCUGCCAGGGCCAGGGCCAGAGGAUCAGCCACAAGGACCGCUGCAAAACCUGCGUGGGGAGGAAGAUCAUGAGGCAGAAGAAGGUCCUGGAGGUCCACAUCGACAAAGGAAUGAGAGAUGGCCAGAAGAUCGUUUUCCAUGGAGAGGGAGACCAGGAGCCGGGCAUCGAGCCAGGGGACAUCAUCAUUGUCUUGGACCAGAGAGAACAUUCAACUUUCACAAGGAAAGGAGAGGACCUGGUCAUGUCCAUAGAGCUACAGCUGGUGGAGGCUCUGUGUGGUUUCAAGAAGCCCGUUCAGACAAUGGACAACAGAACUCUCCUCAUCACCUCAAACCCAGGGGAGUUGAUCAAGCCUGGAGACACAAAGUGCGUCGUGAAUGAAGGGAUGCCCAUGUACCGCAGGCCGUUUGAGAAGGGGCGUCUUAUUAUUAACUUCACGGUGGUGUUCCCGAAAGCCAACUUCCUCUCCAAGGACAGGCUGAAGGAGCUGGAGCGCUUCUUCCCAGAGAAGCCGGAUGCAGAGCAGCCAGAGAGCAUGGACGACGACCUCUACAUCUACGCCGACCUGGAGGACUGCGACAUGGAGAAGAGAAGAAGAAACAAUCAUCAGUACUACUACAUGGAGGAAGAGGACUACGCCAGCCCGGGGGGAGUUCAGUGCCAGACGUCCUAAACAACAACUGGCCUCCAUCAUCCCUCAGCCCGACCCUCAUCUCUACAGAAAGGCACCUUUUUGGAUUUUUGUGCACUUUUUUAUUUAAUUUUUUCUCUUAAGAUAACAACUGUUGAAGUAUUCUGUCAAUCUGAAUCAGAAAAAGGUGUAUCAACCCCCUCUUGAUAUAUUAUUUGAACACUGAUUGGAUGGAGAAGAGUAUCCUGAAGCUCCUGGAUUCAACUCCGAUCUGGGACAAUGGGAUUCCUCUUCAUCUCUGGGACUUUUAUUUGUUUCUUUUUUUUCAAUCACACUGUGAUAAGAGGCGAGGGGUAUCACAGAGGCUUAAGAGAGACUUUUGUCUGAACAAAGACUGCCUGCUUUUUAUGCAUUUACACUAAAACAGAUGCCAAUAUUAAUAUGAGAAUAAUCUUUUUUUAUAGUGUUGCUAGAUCAGCUGUUGUUGUGAACCAAUUGUUGGUGACUUGUUCAAUCCGUUGUAAAGACCCAAUCUUCAGAUGAUGGUGAGGGGGGGGGGGGCAUUGAGUUGAAACAGUUCUGCUGUUUGACCCUUUCAAGGGCUAUUUUCUACACAUUUCUUAACAAUCUUGAAAAUGUGGCAAGAAGACGUGAACUGCGAGUAAAGGUGAUAAUGAUUCAGGCAUGGCAGUAUUUAGGUUUAAGCCACUAAUGUAGAUUAUCCAGACAUAUAUUAAAGUUUAGUUUAAUAUAUAAUGUUUGAGCUGCAAUCCGUUUUUGUUUUUGUUUGGGUAUAAACAACACAGUUAGAUAUGAGCCAAAUAAGACAUAAAUAGCAAGGUAGGAAACCGGUAAAAAAAAAGGUUAACAAAACAGGUUAGAGGUAAGAGGGUCUUAAAGACGUAAGCUAUGUGGAUAACGUGGAUUCAGAAAUAAUAUUUAAACAUCAUUCUGUGUUCUUGAUUUGAUGUGGUUCGGGGCUUUUAUUUGGCAAACAAGUUCUCUUAAAACUCAAAGAACCUGCUUCUUAAGACGGGUCCAAAAUGUCUUCAUGUCUUUUCAUUUUAAAAAGUGUGCCAAGUUCCCCCACAAGUUUUACAAAAAACUGUGAUUAAUGUUAAAUUGUGAUUUUAAACAUUGAAUCUUCUUGAGCUUAUUGCAGGUAGGCUAUGUGAUUUUAAAAUCAUUAUAAUAAAAAAAAAAAAAAAACUUAAUCUGGAUUUUAA